GACCACUAAAACAUGUUUUAUGACAUGUUUAAAUCCAAACCAGGAACGAGCAUGCAUAAUUUGUAUAGCUUUUAUUUUGAAGUUGGCUCGCUGGCGGUACACUACCGGAAUGCAGAUUAUUAACAAUCGCUGACUUGACCGCAGUCCAGAACGGGGCGCGAGGAGGGAUUAACACCCUCUGCAAAAUCCUCCAGAAUUUUGUAGUCAACGUGCUUAAACCUCCACCCGGGGCGUCCACCAUCUCUUCGCUGUGCUAAAACAUAUUUCGUUGAAUCUUUGUGUUGGAUUGAAGUCGUCUCGUUGAACCUCGAUAUGUCUCGGCCUAGCUUAGCUUCGUUUAGCUUGCUAGCAUCUAACGGAGAGGCGCUCGUGCUCAACACAGAGCUCCGCAGAGAUCGUAAGCGUAAAGUGUUGUAAUUUUCGUGUGAAAAUGUGCGCAAGAAAGACAGCAGUGUACGAGGAGGAACUCUGUGGAGAAAAAGAGGACCACAAGGGACAACGUCAACUAUUAGACGCCAUUGACAGGAUGCAGCCAAGAAUUGUUCUUCACAGAUUAGACAUCAGCAAAGAUGUUUGUCAUGAGCGGCUGGUUGCAGAGCCCUCUCACUUUAAAGAGGAAGAGGAGAGCAGCGAGGUCUCCCACUUUAAAGAGGAAGAGGAGGAGCAGGCCCUUGACAUGAUUAAAGAGGAGGAGCCAGAGCACCCUUGCACGAAAGAUGGUGACAACACAUCAUCAAGCGCUGAUGAUGAUGAUGAUGAUGAUGAUGAUGAAGAGUUUGAUGGAGCAUGUCACACUGGCAACAAACCCUGGAAAUGUUCUCAGUGUGGGAAGAUGUUUACUUGGAAGUGUGAUUUGAAAAGACAUGUGAGAACCCACACUGGUGAGAAACCGUUCACCUGUUCAGACUGUGGCUGGAAAUUCUCUCAGAAGGGACACUUAAAAAAACACAUGAGAAUGCACACAGGUGAGAAACCUUUUGCCUGUUUAGAUUGUGGCCAAAGAUUCUCUCAGAAGGGAAGCUUAAAUGAUCACAAAAGAACCCACACUGGUGAGAAACCUUUUUCCUGCUUAGUUUGUGGCCAAAGAUACUUUUGGAAGGGAUACUUAAAAAGACACAUGAGAACACACACAGGUGAGAAACCUUUUGCCUGUUCAGAUUGUGGCCAAAGAUUCUCUCAGAAGGCACACUUAACGAGUCAUGCAAAAAUCCACACUGGUGAGAAACCUUUUGUCUGUUCAGAUUGUGGCCAAAGAUUCUGUCAGAAGGGACAAUUAGUUUCCCAUGCAAGAACACACACUGGUGAGAAACCUUUUGUCUGUUCAGAUUGUGGCCAAAGAUUCUCUCAGAAGGGAAGCUUAAGUUACCACACAAGAACCCACACUGGCGAGAAACCUUUUUCCUGCUUAGCUUGUGGCCGAAGAUUCUCUCGCAAGGAAAGCUUAAAAAAGCACGUUAAUACCCACACUGGUGAGAGACCUUUUGCCUGUUCAGAUUGUGGCCAAAGAUUCUUCUGGAAGAGGAGCUUAAAAAUUCAUGUGAGAACACACACUCGUGAGAAACCUUUUUCAUGCUCAAUUUGCAGUCAAAGAUUCUGCUGGAAGUAUCAGAUGAAGAAUCACAAGUGUGAUGAUGAGAUGAAUAGUUAUCAAUGAAAUCUUCACCUCUCUUCUGAGCAGGCUUCAUCAGGCUGAUUGUAUUUUAUGUACCUUCUUAUUGAGAUGCUGAAGUUUUCUUUUUGGUUUUGUUGUUUGAUUUAGUUCUUAGUUUUUUUGUUUGUUUUUUUUUAACUGUACAGUCCUUGACUGUACAGCACCUCACGUAUCGAGAUAUGUUUCAUCGUCUUUUAAUGGAUAUGAUCCAAAAUAAAAUGGGCCAUUUUCCAUUUUGUCAUGGAAUGUUUGAUAGAACAAUAUGUAUUCUUGUUUGGUAUUGUGUGUUACUUGCUGGCCAAUUAAAGUUCUCUUUGCUCAAAA